AAUCAAUAUCAAGUGUCUAUUUAUUGUUCUUUUACAGAGUAUAAAAUUAUUGAGAAAAUUGGGGAGGGAUCAUUUUCGGAAGUGUUGAAAUGCGAGAACCGGGUCACGAGGCAAACGUACGCAGCGAAAAUUCUAAAGAAAAGUUUCCAAAGUAACAGUGAUGUUUACUAUUGCGCCGAAGUCAUCGCCAUGCAAAAGCUGAGCAAACAUCCAAACGUUCUCUACAUGCUGGAGUACUUCUUCGAGAAGAAGUCGAAGAAGGUCGUGUUUAUCUUCGAGCUGAUGGACAUGAGCAUGUACGACUUCAUGAAGAGCAAGAAGCGUUGCAUUCCAGAAGCGAGGGUGAAGACAUAUCUGUACCAAAUGCUCAACGGUUUGGAUUAUCUGCACAGGAAUGGUUUGUUCCAUAGAGACAUCAAACCUGAGAACAUUCUUGUAAAGUUGAAUCCGCCAAUAGCCGAGCAAGUGAAGAUUGCAGAUUUGGGAUCUAUACGCGGUAUUUACAGUAAACCGCCUUAUACCGAAUACAUAUCAACUCGAUGGUACAGAUCUCCGGAAUGUCUUCUGACCAGCGGCCACUACGGCCCCAAAAUGGACAUCUGGGCCACUGGAUGCGUUUUCUACGAGAUCUUGACAACCAAACCUCUUUUCUCCGGAACCAAUGAAAUUGAUCAAUUGACUAGGAUACACUCCGUGUUAGGAACGCCUAGCACCAGAUUGCUUAGCAAACUCAAAUCCAGAUCAGCCAAUCUGAAAAACUUCCAAAGGCAAAUUGGAACAGGCUUAACACCUCACAUCAAUCAAUUCAGCGAUGACGGACAAACUGUCCUCAAGUUGAUGCUCCAAUACGACCCGGAAAUCAGGAGCAACGCUCGACGCCUUCUUCAGCACAGAUACUUCAACGAUCUGAAACAACAAGAGAGGUACGCAAAACUGGUUACGGCGCACAUAGGACAAGAGUACGGAGAUCAACCUAACAUGAACUUCAAUCUAGAAUACUUCAAGAAGAAACGAUUCCAGAGCAACUCGAUGAAAACGCUCUUGUGUAAGAGCGGCGAAUCCCUCAACAAGCAAAACUUGAGCGCUAAAACUGCUGUGGAUCUGAUGGGUGACAAGAAAUCUAAAGGCAGCUUCGACGCUAAGAAGAAUCUGAAGAUGUACAACUCGAAUUCGGACACUCAGCGACGCAAGAAAUCGCUACAGGCCAAAACAAAUUUGUUUAGGAAAACCACAAGUAACUUGACGAAGAAAACGGAAGUCUCUGAUGACCACUUAAACAUGAAGGCGUUCCAAUCGACGUCCUUCGUCAUGCCGAAACGGAUCUGCAAUAGAGAGACGCGACGGCCCAAAUUUUAA